AUGUCGGAGGAGCAACUCACUAAGUUUGAAUUCGGGUUGGAGCGGAGUGGGAAACGAUUUCUUUGGGUGGUGCGUCCGCCGGCAGGGAAGGAUGGGGCUUUCUUCACCGCAUUGGGUGGGGGCACAGACGGAAACGAUGAGCUGUCAAGGUACCUGCCGGACGAGUUCUUGAUCCGGACUCAAGAAGUUGGGCUGGUAGUCCCCAUGUGGGCCCCGCAGGUGGAGGUAUUGAGCCAUCCAUCGAUUGGAGGGUUCUUAAGAAUCACAUUGUGGGUGGAACUCGACGCUGGAAAGCAUAGUGAACGGAGUGCCGAUGAUCGCGUGGCCGCUGUACGCGGAGCAGAGGAUGAAUGCAGCGAUGGUGGCGGAGGAAGUAGGGGUGGGGGUGAAGACGAAGGACUUGCCAACGAAGAGGGUGGUGAGAAGAGAAGAGAUAGAGAAGCUGGUGAGAUUGGUGAUGGAAAAGAAGGGGGAAGGGGAAGCAGUACUGAGAAGAAAAAUGAAAGAAGUGAAGGAGAGUGGGUUGAGAGCGGUCGGGGAGGGUGGGUCUCCUCGGGAUUGGCUCUCUCAUGUUGCGCAGCAGUGGAAGAUUGGUUAUGCUAA